GUAAAUUACCACUCAAGCUUCAGGAUUUGUCUCAAACAGCUGAGAGGUAUGGAUGAACAAGAAUUUCGGCGCCUUCUCGAUCUCUUCCCUGUUGUUCGAUCUCGUGAUUAUCAUGCCGAGUUAGCUACAUUGAGACAAGCAGAUUCUUGUUUGACAUCAAAUGAGAUUAAGGAUUGGCAAGAUGCAUGGCAUGAUGGUGAAAGAAAGGAAACAGAGAAUCAAGGAACUGAUCUGCACGAUAAAUUUUGGCAGAAGCUAAAGUUGACAGCUGAGAAAAAGGUUGGUGCAGCAGAGGCAGAAAAUUUUUGCAAGGCUUUCCAACAUGUUCACAAUAAACUUGUGUAUGAGGGGCUGAGUUUUGAAGCUGCUGAGAAGUUCCUAAACUCAUAGAACUGCUGAAAAGAUAGUCCCUUAAUGGCUAGUACCUGUUUUUUGCUGUUAGGUUCUUAUCUUUUCUCCCUUUCUGCAUCUUGUUAAUGAGGUUGAAGUCUGUUUUGAGAGAAUUUUGUCAUCAAAAACCAUUCUUGUUGUGACUCGAUAAAUGAGAUCCAUCAUAUUUAACAGUCAUUCCCCAUGUAACCUACAUUCAAAAAACUAAAACUAAGUCAAAGCAUAAAAUUUCGAUGUCAAAUGCGGUUCAUUUAUGCUCAUGGAA